AAAUGAUAAUAAUGCUACAAACAUGACUAUACCUGAAGAAAAAGUAAAAGUAUUGACUAAUUGGUGGUCUUGGAUUGCCUUUCUUAUGACCUGCUGCAUACCAAGUUGGUUUAUCCGUGUUUGUCUUAGGAAAAAGGAUUCAAUGGUGCAACAGGCUUGGAGAGAAAAGCUUUCAUUAUGUUAUAUCAUUUUAUUUCUUUGUGGUGCACUUGCAUUUGUCACUUAUGGUUUGAAUCGUACUCUCUGCCCUUCUCCAGGUGCAAAUUCACCUUUUUCAAGAGAGAUAGAUGGUAUUCGUACCCCAGUUUAUUAUAGCGAUGUUCGCGUAUUUGGUCAUAUUUAUCCAAUGGAUGAAAUGAAAAUCUUUUUCGCUAAUCAUGGCUUGAAUUUAACAAAUGAUUAUGAAAAUACAGAUAUUAGUGGUAUCUUUGAUGGUGAUAUAAAUGGGGACUGUAACGGUCAUGACCUUCCCCAUACCUGUGUACUUGUUAACCCUUAUGGCGGUGGUUUAGCCGCACCUAAUAAUGCUUGUCUAUCACUGGCUGAAUUACAAAGAUCGAUAAAGUCUACCGCUAUCUUAGGUUUUGAUUGGCAAGAUUUAAAUAAAGAUUUGAUUUACGGUCAAGGAUUAAGUUUAGUAGGAGAUUCAGUCUUGAAUUUAACAAAAUACCUUAAUUUAAAUACAUCACCUUUUGAUUCGGAAGUCGAUCGGGCUAUUCGAAAUAACUUGGCAAGUGAUUUAUCAUAUGCACUUAUGUAUGCAAAAGGUGGCAAAAAUGCAUAUAAAUGUUUAAUAGCUCGAUACAAUGUAGGCAUUAUGGAGACAGAAACUGGGGGAUGUAUUGCAGCAUCUAUUAUCAUGACUCUUAUGUUAGUUGUGAUUAUAGUGAUGAUUGUGAUUCGUUAUUCCAUGGCUCUUCUCUUUCAAUGGUUUAUAUCAAGUCGAUUGAUUAAACCAGGUGGGAGGUCAAAUUGGUUAGCUUGGCGUUCUAUUAAAGGUGGUAAUGAUGAUCCCGCAAAUCAUAUCCCAGGACCUUAUAACAAUUAUGGUCCCAUGAACAAUGUCACUAGUUCAUCCGCCUCCUUGGGUUCUGCUACUUCCUCUUCUCGCAAUACACCUGUCUUUAGUGAACAAAGUUCCUCUGUCGGUUUAGGGGGAAAUCGUUCAGAUAUCGUUACUACAGAACUUUAUACUGUCAUGCUCGUCACUUGUUAUUCAGAAGGUGAAGAAGGUCUUCGAAUCACGAUGGAUAGUUUAGCAGAGACUACAUACUCUAAGAAACAUAAAAUUUUCUUUGUCAUUGCAGAUGGUAUGAUUACAGGUGCAGGUGAAACAAGGUCAACACCCGAUAUCGUGGUUGGUAUGAUGGAUCUGGAUCCCACCAUGACAAAUCCAAAGCCUGCCUCUUAUUUAGCUAUUGCAGAUGGUGAAAAACAAUUAAACAUGGCUAAAGUAUAUGCUGGUCAUUAUAAGGGUGUUCCUUGUAUUACGAUUAUUAAAUCAGGUACAGAAGAGGAAGCAAAUGCACCUAAAGCAGGUAAUCGUGGUAAACGUGACUCACAGUUAAUUUUAAUGAGCUUCUUUCAACGUGUUUUAUUUAAUGAUCGCUUAUCAGAAUUGGAUUAUGAGAUUUUUUGGAAAAUGACUUGGUUAAUGAAAGGCGUUACACCUGAUAAAUUUGAAUUAGUAUUAAUGGUGGAUGCAGAUACAAAAGUUUUAUCGGACGCGCUUACUUACAUGGUUGCAGCAAUGGCAAAUGAUAUUACUAUUAUGGGUUUAUGUGGUGAAACUAGAAUUGCUAAUAAACGAUCCUCUUGGGUUACAGCAAUUCAAGUAUUUGAAUAUUAUAUUUCACAUCAUUACGCAAAAUCAUUUGAAUCUUUAUUUGGUAUUGUUACUUGUUUACCUGGUUGCUUUUCAAUGUAUCGUAUUAAAUCUCCAAAGAAUGGCGCUUGGGUGCCUAUCUUGGCCAAUCCAGAUAUUAUUCUCGAAUAUAAUCAAAACGUAGUAAAUACGUUACAUGAGAAAAACUUACUAUUAUUAGGUGAAGAUCGUUUCUUGUCUACUUUAAUGCUACGUACCUUUCCUAAACGUCAGAUGAUGUUUGUACCUCAAGCACGGUGUAAAACAGUAGUACCCGAUGAAUUCAAAGUGCUAUUGUCUCAACGUCGUAGAUGGAUUAAUUCAACUGUACAUAAUUUGAUGGAACUCGUACUUGUCUCCGACCUUUGUGGUAUUGCAUGUUUAUCCAUGCAAUUCUCUGUAUUUGUAGAUUUAAUAGGUACCCUUGUUUUACCUGCAGCUAUUGUAAUGACUAUCUAUUUAAUUGUAAAUACUGCAAUUUCAACUGAUCCUCAAUGGCAGUCACUUGCAUUACUGAUUGCUAUUCUUGGUCUACCUGCAGUUUUGAUUGCAAUUACAACAUUUAAAUUUAUUUAUAUCUUAUGGAUGAUUGUGUAUUUAAUCGCUCUACCUAUUUGGAACUUUGUUUUGCCUUUAUACUCUUUCUGGCAUUUUGAUGACUUUUCUUGGGGAGCCACUCGUGUAGUAGUAGGAGAAAAGAAUGAUAAAGGACAUGGAGAUGCAGAAGGUAAAUUUGAUCCUACUCGUCUUGUUAUGAAGAAAUGGGAAGAUUGGGAAACAGAAAGAACUGGUCAACGUUUCAAUAAAAAGAUGACUUUGAAGACUCCUCUAAGUGAUUCUUCAUCUUCUUCUCCUUCUGCAUUUGAUGGCAAAAAUACAAUUACUCCCGCUACAUCCUUUGGAACUAUAUUUAAUGAUAGAAAAAUGUUUGGGUCUUCACCUGCAUCUACAACAUAAGCCCUGUGUUUCCCCUUUUACUACCUCCCUCCCUCUCUCUCUCUCUCUCUUUCAUUCUCUCUCAUAUCUUUUUUCCUUUCCUUUAUAUACUACUACUAAAUAUAUAAUGAUUUAUUAAAAUUCAUAAUCAAAAGCGAGAACAUCUUCAAAAGUAGACUUAUAUUUUGAUAAAAAGUCCAAAUGAGAUUGAUGAUUGGCAUAAACAGGAAGAUCCUAUAAAUACAUACAUGUAUAUACAUAUUUUUUUUUAAAAAAAA